GGGAGCAUUGGCGGCCGGGCUCCCAGCCAUGGCCGAGUCUGUGGAACGGCUGCAGCUGCGGAUAGAGGAGCUGGAGCGGGAACUGGCCCGGGAGAGAAGUCGGCGGGCGCUGUGGGACGGCGGCGGAGGCGGCGGCCGGGCCCGUAUUGAGAAGAUGAGCCCGGAGGUGGUGGACUCCAACCCCUACAGCCGACUGAUGGCACUGAAACGGAUGGGAAUUGUAAGCGACUAUGAGAAAAUCCGUACCUUUGCUGUAGCAAUAGUAGGUGUUGGUGGAGUUGGUAGUGUGACUGCUGAAAUGCUGACAAGAUGUGGCAUUGGUAAGUUGCUCCUCUUUGACUAUGACAAGGUAGAACUGGCCAAUAUGAAUAGACUUUUCUUCCAACCUCAUCAAGCAGGAUUAAGUAAAGUUCAAGCAGCAGAACAUACUUUGAGGAGCAUUAAUCCUGAUGUUCUUUUUGAAGUACACAACUACAAUAUAACCACAGUAGAAAACUUUCAACAUUUCAUGGAUAGAAUAAGUAAUGGUGGAUUAGAAGAGGGAAAGCCUGUUGACCUAGUUCUUAGCUGUGUGGACAAUUUUGAAGCUCGGAUGACAAUAAAUACAGCUUGUAAUGAACUUGGACAAACAUGGAUGGAAUCUGGGGUCAGUGAAAAUGCAGUUUCCGGGCACAUACAGCUCAUAAUUCCUGGAGAAUCUGCUUGUUUUGCGUGUGCUCCCCCACUUGUAGUUGCUGCAAAUAUUGAUGAAAAGAGUCUGAAAAGAGAAGGUGUUUGUGCAGCCAGUCUUCCUACCACUAUGGGUGUGGUUGCUGGAAUCCUGGUCCAAAAUGUGUUAAAGUUUCUGUUAAAUUUUGGCACUGUUAGUUUUUACCUUGGAUACAAUGCAAUGCAGGAUUUCUUUCCUACUAUGUCCAUGAAGCCAAAUCCUCAGUGUGAUGAUAGAAAUUGCAGGAAGCAACAGGACGAAUAUAAGAAAAGGGUAGCAGCACUGCCCAAACAGGAGGUUGUUCAUGAAGAGGAAAUGAUAAUACAUGAAGACAAUGAGUGGGGUAUUGAGUUGGUAUCUGAGGUUUCAGAAGAGGAACUGAAAAAUUCUUCAGGUCCAGUUCCUGACUUACCUGAAGGAAUUACAGUGGCAUAUACAAUUCCCAAAAAGGAAAAGGACUCUGUACCUGAGGUAACAGUGGAAGAUUCUGGUGAAAGCUUGGAAGACCUCAUGGCCAAGAUGAAGAAUAUGUAGAUAACAGACUAGCCUGUACUUUAUUUCCUGUGUUUAAGCCUAUUCCUUUCAAAUGAAAUCAUUUCAGAACUGAAAAUAACUUAGGGCAACAUUAAUUGAUGUGUACUUUCCACGGAAUUAUUGUACUUGUUCAAAGUACCUUGACUGUUCCUUUUGCUUCCAGCCUUCAACUAAAAUCAACUAAGUAACUCUCCUAAAA